AUGGCCGCCCUGAGGAACCUGUCAAUGGUGAUUGGAGCGGCGGUGGCGGCUCUGGGCUCGGUGCUGUUCAUUGCCUGGAACCGGUAUAUGCCGGGCCGGAGGAGGUCCAGGAGGGCCGGGUACCAGCUGGACUACAGACCGCUGUGCAGUCAGCCUAAUUAUUUGGAUCGGCAGAUUUUAGUCCUAGGUUUGGAUGGAGCUGGGAAGAGCAGUAUAAUUCAUGCCCUAAGCACUAACACCACCAGAUCAAGCUCAGCACCUACUCACGGGUUUAACACUGCCCAGAUUCUCAGCCAGGGACUGAAGAUUGAACUACUGGAAGUAGGUGGUAGUCAGAACCUUAGGACAUACUGGAACCAGUACCUGAAGAAUGCACAUAUAAUGGUUUUUGUUGUGGAUUCCACGGAUGACAAGCGCCUGCAGCUGGCUAGACGAGAACUGCAUCGGCUUUUGGAAGAGGCAUCACACUUGCCACUGAUGGUCCUAGCAAACAAGCAGGUAAAUAUUGGCUGGUUUUUUGCUUUGCUGUGA